GAUGCCAUCCUCCGUUGCUUAGUGAUGUGGGCGGAGGGAGGUGGGAUGUGAAGUGACAAGGGAGGAAUGGUACAUUGAAGAUUAUACUGACUGAGCAGAGAAGGAGAAGAGCGGCAGAGAACGUUUCAUCCAUCCAGGUAGACAUGGCAGACCAGUGGCAGGAGAGUCUGGAUUUUGCUGUUCAAGUAGCCAAGAAAGCCGGUGCAAUGGUAUGUGCAGCCCUGAAGGAGGAGGUGUCGGUGAUGGUGAAGAGCUCCCCGGCAGACCUGGUGACGGUCACCGACCAGAAGGUGGAAGAGAUGAUUAUCUCAUCCAUUAAGAAGAAAUAUCCAUCUCACAGCUUUAUUGGUGAGGAGUCUGUAGCAGCAGGUCAGAAAAGCAUACUGACCGAUAACCCAACGUGGAUUAUUGACCCCAUCGAUGGCACCACUAACUUUGUACACAGGUUUCCAUUUGUGGCAAUCUCUAUUGGAUUUGCUGUGAAAAAGCAGGUAGAAUUUGGGGUUGUGUACAGUUGUGUAGAAGAUAAGAUGUACACUGGCAGAAAAGGAAAAGGAGCCUUUUGUAAUGGUCAGAAAUUGCAAGUUUCUGGACAGAAAGAUAUAACCACAUCCAUGAUUAUCACAGAACUUGGAUCAAAUCGCAACCCAGAGGUCAUUAAAAUGAUUCUAUCCAACAUGGAGAGACUGUUGUGUAUUCCAAUCCAUGGGAUCCGUGCCGUGGGCACAGCAGCUGUGAACAUGUGUCUUGUAGCUACCGGAGGAGCUGAUGCUUAUUAUGAGAUGGGAAUCCAUUGCUGGGAUAUGGCUGCUGCAUCGGUUAUAGUUACAGAGGCUGGCGGCGUAGUGCUGGAUGUGAAAGGGGGACCAUUUGACCUGAUGUCUUGUAGAGUGAUUGCAGCCAGCAGCACAGAAAUUGCAGAGAGAAUCUCCAAGGAGCUGCAGCUCAUACCAUUAAUUCGGGACGAUGAGUAGUAGGAGUGGAUCGAUUUGUUGGAUGCACUGUAUUAAAUUUGCACUCUAGAGUCACUCAGGUGGACAUGCUGCCUUUUAUAUGCAACCAUAUCUGGAUUUUACCGCCUUCAUUUUUUUAACUGACUUUUUAUGUCCAAUACUUGACAAUAAUAUUACUUUUAAGAUUAUUAUUGUUACUUUGUCAUUUCUGUUUAUCAGUCAAAUAUACAACAAGGGCCAGCUAGUAAGAGAUUCUGAGAUCUGUAAAUUUCUUGACAUGGCUUGCACAGUACAGAUGGUUUGAGUCUGUAUUUUUAAUUAAAUUAGUAACUUAUGUUUUCAAAUGACAGUAGCUUGUUUAUUUGCAUUAUAUCUGUCAAAAUGAAUGGAUAUGUCAUGCCAUAAAAGUUGCAAUGAAUUAUAAUGCGUUCAUAUGUGUUUUAUGACUUUCUGCAAUGUUUGGGUGCCAUUACUAGAAAGCAUGUGGUUGAAAAAUAAAUACAGGAACUUAGAGAGCCAUAUUUUUUUGCUCUCAGUUGACUAUAUGCAAUGCCACUCCUGUCCAGUGAUGGCUACAAGAUUCCUUUUAUGUAUUGUGCAGAAUUAAACUAUAGAUCUACA